AUGGACGAAUCGAAAGAUUAUUCCCCUCUUCCAUCACAAUAUGAACACAAGAAUCCUGUUGAGUUCGGAAAACUUUACAUCCCCAUCGUCUUCUUGCUAUUCCUUUUUCUAGUCUGCAGUGCUCUAGUAGUAGGAAUAUUUUUGGGUUGCAUAGGGAAAAGUAAUGAGUGUAGAGGCAACUCUACCUCGUCCUACCACUUCAACGCGAUGAACCCAGAAAAACUGGAAUACAUCUGGCCGGAAAAUGUGGUAAAGAUGAUAAAUCACAUAGUGGAUAACAACAUGCACAUCACCAAUGAUGAUAGAGCGGUCUUGCUGAAAACUGAGCUGAUGAGAUUUCCUACGAGCGACGUGUUCUACAUUAUCGUAUAUGAUGACACUGACGGACCCACUAAUCAAGUCUUCAGUGGUGUUGAAAAUAGUUAUAUUACUGUGUUCAAACCUGGAAAAUGUAAUGUUGUUAUCUACCGUAGUCGCGCUUGGAGUAGCUCACCGAGUAGUGCGUUGUCUACAAUUAGGGAUCAAGUUGAGGAAGUAUGCAAAUCGGGAAUUGCUGAAAGUUCCGACUAUUCCGAUUUCCCAAAAAUUGGAUUCAAACACAUUGACAAUAUCAGAUUCCUUGGAAUAAUUGGAAAAGAACACAAUGUAGCUGUGAGAUCUGCAAAUAGUUUUGGAAGAGCAUGGGGACCAGGAUGGUGGGACACUAUUCCAGUGUUUCGAAAUGGUACAGAGGUUCCAACUGGAAAAGAAUUCAUUUUGAUUGCUGGUUAUAAAUAA